AUGGAUCUUGGUCUCGUUAGUCAGGAGGACUACAACUACAGCGACACAGUCUUCCACCCACCAGCGAACUUCCUGUCCACGAUCGAGACUCUGUUCGAUGCGCCCCCUCCAAUCCCCAAACCUCUCGCCCCAAACCUCAGUCUUCAACCCGUGGACCUCAUGUGCUCCGUCUCGGACACCCAUCGACUCCUCUCCCUCGCGAGCCAACCAACCUCAGAGCAAAAGACCAUGGGCCAAUGCCUCGCCCCAAGCUGUCGCCGUUUCAUCACUGCCACGCUCCGAACAUUCCCCCGGCUCAUGGCCCAGCCGGCCAAGUGGCCGCCCUUUAUCCACCCGCUUGUCAGCAGCCUGCAUUUCGACGAGCGAGACAUCGAACCCCCACCAACCCCGCCCCAGCCGCUGAAGCCGCUGGCUGCUUGUCGCGUCAUUUCUCAGGGCUUCGUGGCGCGGUCAGAGGGGUCGAUGGACUUUCUCUGGCGGAGCAUCGAGGCCGAGGAGCGGUGGAUCAAAAGUGAUGUCAGUAUCAGUCCCAAGCGGGAUGGGCGCGGCGUUCAGCUGACAGACGCGCAGAUGCACAAGUUUUCGCUCGGGGAAUUGCUGGCCGCUAUGCAGGCGAUGGUGAUUUACACAAUCAUGCGAAUGAUCGACUUUGGUCCCGACUAUUUUACCGAGCACGACGGCAUGAUUGCCACGAUGCAGGAUCUUGCUUAUGCAUAUUCGUCCCGCGUCCCUGGACCCUUCAGCCCGCCACACGAGCGCAAGGUUGGGCUUCGCUGGAAGGACUGGUUGUGCGAGGAAGUGCGGCGACGGAUCAUCAAUACUUGCUUCUGCGUGGCUCUUGUCGUCGGCACAGGCAGCACCCAAGGCCUCGCGAACCCUGGCCAAGGACCCUUGCCGGGCCCAAGUAGUCUCUGGGAAGCUGAUAACGAGUGGGACUGGGCGAGAGAAUACAUGAGAUCCUGGGGCCCCCAAGGGAACGGCAGUGGGAAGUUAUUUGACAUGUGUAGCCUGGCACUGGCGAUGAGACAGCGAGUGGGAUCGGAGGGGGCACUGGUGGCUGUGGGAGAAAGCCGGUUAGCGGAGGAUGCCCUGGACGAGUGGCAGGCGGGCCUCGAUGCGCUGGGCAUGAUGCUGUCGACGAUUAUGGUGGACUCUGGUGGUGAAUGUCGGGCGAGUAUAGGCAUGUAG